AUGCACCAGAACUUUGUCGGUGACAAGCCCGUGGACACGUUCCCCGCCGAGGCGACAGAGAAGAUCCCGGACGAGGAGCUCGCCAAGCGCGAGGCGGAGCGGCUCAAGGCCGGCGCCGGCGGUGGCGCGGGGAAGCGCGCGGGGGUGGCUUCGCGGGAUCCGGCUGAGCACGAUCCGCGGGCGUCGACGACCGGGGGCGGGUGGGGGGAUCCGAAGCCUACGACUGACCCGGUCAUGUAA